CCGUACCCCGCAACUUGGCUGGGGUGACCUCCCGUCCCCGAUCCCGGCGUGCGUGGCCCGGGGUGGGGAACCUGCAAGUUUGAGCCUCGCUCUCCUCGAGGCGGAGUACUUAGCCCAAGAAACGUUCCAUUCAUGCUUAGGUGGAGAAAAGCAGGGCUAGAGUUGGAACCCCAAGCCCAGCAUGGCAGGAGAGGAUGUGGGGGCUCCACCCGAUCGCCUCUGGGUUCACCGAGAGGGCAUCUACCGCGACGAACACCAGCGCACGUGGGUGGCCGUCCUGGAAGAGGAGCUGAGUUUCCUCAGGGCACGAGUCCAGCAAGUUCAGGUGCCCUUAGGUGACGCAGCUAGACCCAGUCACCUCCUUACCUCCCAGCUACCUCUCAUGUGGCAACUCUACCCCGAGGAGCGCUACAUGGACAGCAACUCCCGCCUGUGGCAGAUCCAGCAUCAUUUAAUGGUCAGGGGAGUACAGGAGCUGUUGCUUAAGCUUUUGCCUGAUGAUUAGCCUGGUGCUGGGAGUCCUGGAAGAUAUGCUCCUCUGUUCUGUUCAGUCUAUGGCAGUCGCUCCCUCCACCAGUGUGGUUCACCCACCUGUGGGCCUGGGGGAGGGAGUGGGUUGACAAACAGCUCGUGACCACGGAAGUUUAGG